GCGAAAGGUGCGCUGUAACGUCAGCAGCGAGGGAAAACCCUGCACCAACUGUCGCCUUGACAAUACAGAAUGCAUUACUUCUCAUAACAUAUGCGGCCCCAAUGGAGUGGCCAGAGGCUCUACACCUCCCACAUUUCAUCACACUGACAAUAUGGACUGGAACACUUUAACGAUUCCCGAGGAGACAGUGACAGGCGAUGAAACAGCGAAUGUCGGGUUGCCUAUCGAAGUGACUGUGGAAACGUAUCCAGUUAUCGAAUCAGAUGCACGGAGCGAAGGACAAAUACCGAGACCUGUACCCAAAGAUUCUUUUGACCACGUCUCAUCUGCCACGCUUCUACCUUUCUCUUACUUGUCCUUCCUGAUGGCACCUAACUUGGGACGUCUACAACCUGCAGAUAUUGCCUAUCUGGAGUCUAAGAAGAGUCUUCAUAUUCCUGCGGGCCUAUUUCUGGAAGUCUUACUUUCGCAUUACUUUUUGUACACUCAUCCUUGUUUACCUAUUAUCAAUGAAGCAGAGUUUUGGAAGAUGUUUCGACAAGAUGGAUAUACAGAGCCUUCAUUUUCUUUAUUAGUCCUCCAGGCGAUGUUAUUUGUCGCCAGCAGUUAUAUUCCCAUUCGUGUUGCGAAGCAGCUUGGGGAACAGUCAGUUUUGGAGAUCCGAAAUACGUACUAUCGACGGGCUAAGUUACUUUAUGAUUUCGGUAUCGAGGAAGAUCCAAUAAGGCUCUCUCAAGCCUGUAUCCUGCUUUCGUUUCAGUCAUGCAAAACAGACCACCUAAGCAAUACUACCUGGCUUGCCUUGGCAAUACAGCAUGCUCGAAGGGCAAACGCUCAUCUUUACUAUCGCUACACACAAGCUAGACAGACGGAACUUAAACGUCUGUGGUGGUCUGUGCUUAUUCGCGAUAGAAUCAUCGCUAUUGGGAUGCGCCGCCCAAUACAGGUCCUCCCCUUCCAUUUUGACCCUUACUCUCGGGAGCCGUUGCAACUCAAAGACCUUGAAGCCGAGAUCGAUGUCUCCGAAGUUUACAACAAGGAAACAAAGGUAAUGCUUUGCAAAAUACUAACCAGCCUAUGUAAUCUCGUUACAGCGCUCACCAUGCUUAUUACCACAAUAUAUCCACCCUCCGGAAUUGAAGACCUAGAUACCGAUAUCGGAAUGAAGUUAUUGCAAGCCGAUGAUAUUAAAUCGCGCCUUCGUUAUUGGGAGAGUAAUCAUAUGGUCCACCUGUCUUUUUCCCAGAAUCACCAUUCAUCAGUAAGGUUUUACUCACAAUUAACCACAUUGUACUACGAUUCGGCUCGACUAGCACUUUUUCACUACAUCUCUUUGUGGCACAAUGCACAAGGUCGCUGUCAUUCGUAUCAUGCCCGAUUGGAGCAAUCGCAGAAGGAGAAUCGGCCAGAUUUGUUAGGUGCUAUUACUUCGAUUAACGAAAAAGUCAAGAGAUUUAUUGUCGAUGGCACCGCUACUCAUCUGCCCAUCAGUGCAGUCGCAUACACUAUUACUCCACAAAUUUUGUUGAAUAUAAGUUUACGGCUUACCGGAAGCAAUAUAGAUCGCCGACGUCAUGAGCGCUUCUUGAAUUUUUACACGGAACUUACGAGGCUCUUUCACUUACGUUAUGAUGUAUCACAUGUAAAGAAUUGGAUCGAACAGAUUCUCCAAGUAUUUGAAGUCGUCGUGUUGCAUUGCGAUCCUUCUUCAGCAACUUCCAUCGACCGUUCAUGUUCUUCAUCAGUCGAUCAGACCAUUGUUUCGACUCCACAAGGUCGUACCACUGGUAAAAGCUUUUCGGAGUUUCUGGAUCACCAACCGACAUUGUACCUUCAGCUUUUAACGAUAAUGGACCAUUCUAUGUCGACUGGCAACGAAAUAUUGAGUCUUCCCGGUCCUCAAAAGUUACUGCCCUCUUUCGAUGAAUUUGUAGUUUUUCCAACGCCUAUCAUGCAGCCUCUGCUCCCCCUAUCACCUCCUCAACCCGCCCGACCCAUGGCACGGUCUGUGGCCAUGUCAAAUGGAGGGGGGGUUGAUGGAUGUGAAACAGUCAAGAAGAGAGGAAGUCCUCAUACUUAUGAUAGCACCUUGGCAACUACAACAUCUCCAGGUGCCAUUCCUUUCCCCGAUACUAUAGCUUUUCCGGAGCGAGCCUCCUACGAGCCCAAUACGAGGACAUCUACGGGAAAUACUCUGAUGGAUCUGAUCGAUUAUGCCAAUGCUGAUACACCAGCUAACGUAGUCGGUGGCCUUUCCCUAGAUACAAAUCUGGAAAUGGAUAACCUGUGGAUGAAUUUGGCGUUUUUGGGGGAAUGAAACUAUUACAUUGACUCAGGAAUUGGCAUUCCCACGUGGCUUAUGGCAAUACAUGUAUACUACGCCCAGAACUACAUAUGUACUCGCAUUUAGCUUUUCUUUAUUUUAAUGUAUGUGGAAUUG